AUGAGCUCUAGUGCAGGUCCCUCUGGUGUUGAGAAACGUGGAUCCGGGGCAACCGUGCGCGCUUGCGACUCUUGCAGAAGACGGAAGAGAAGGUGCAUAUGGUCUUCAGGUGAGGAAGGAUGCACACCAUGCCUUCAGGCUAAAGAAGAAUGCUCUACCACUCACAUCCGCAAGCCUCGAGCGAAAUCUCAGAAAAGGAACCGGAUAGCCGAGUAUGAAAGCCGAAUCCAGCGACUGGAGUCUCUUCUAGAGGAGCGCAGUGCGGCUCAGCCUUCUGCCCCGGAACCGCCCCUGCAGGAUCAAUCUCAGCCGCUUUCCAAUUGGGUCGACAACCUUCGAAAUGAGAUUAACUCCUGGCCGUUGAUAGACCGUCCUUCCAUCUCGAAGACUUUCGAAACUGGCUUAGAAGAGAUUGAAGAUGAGUUGGCACCAGGAGGGCCGACAGAACUCAGUUUAGAGCAGGCCUCUUCUGAAGAGUUCCCACUUUCUAUGUCCAACCCAAGUGAAUCUGAGCCCGUGAUAUCGUAUGAGAUAUCGCAGGAGCAGCCUUGCCAGGGUAGUGUGUUUGGAAGCAAAACCCCGGAAAGCACCAUGAUAGGAAGUCAGCCAGACAUGCCGCCGUUUUUGAGUCGUUCAAGAUGUGACGGGUACCUCCCUUCACCAGAACUGGGGACCUCACUACUCACCGAGUUCUUGGUCGAUUUCAACACUGCCUGUGCACUGUUCCGACCAUGGGUUAUUGCUGAACAUAUGCGAAGAAGUUAUACUGGGGGUUCCGACGGUACCGCACUGGCCUGGGCUAACACCUAUAUUGUCCUCGGAAUCGCGCAUCGACUCCGUGCUAUGAGUGCAGCGGCAGCCCCUGAGGACAAUGAAAUGGCGGACUUUUAUCUUAGUCGGGUCCUUGGAUCUGUGUCGGAUCUUCUUCUCGCAGAGCCAUCUCUCGCCUUGAUCCAGUGCUUACUUGGACUUGCCAAACUUAUCCAGACUUCUUCACAUUCCGCACCGCAUGCUUUGUUCAUAUCGACUGCUCUGCGCAUGGCACAGUGUCUUUCAUAUAAUGAUGAUGAUUCGCAGCCACUGGGUCCUGACCAAGACAUUGAGCAACAGCGCCGUGUGUUCUGGAUCGCCUUCUCGAUGGAUACGGAUACGAGUAUACUUUCUAACGCUCCUACUACCCAUCGCCGCGACGAUGUUGGUGCUAGCCAACCAGAAGAUAACCCGCAGGAUGACGGUGGAGCAGUCAAAGCAGCAGAUGGGGACUGGAAGGUCAAUAUCUUCUCGCUGCGGAUUGCAUUAGCACUGCUUCAAGCUGAAGCCGUUGAGCAGGUGCUAUCUUUGAAAGCCCGCAGGACGAAACCUCAGGACGUUGUAGCCACAGCUCAGACACUGCUUGAGAAACUCCAGGCCUGGCAUGGCCACGAGCUGUUUCAAUUCGAGGCUGAACAAUUGAUGCAGCUGUUGUACCGGUCGGAUAUUGUACACACAGUCAGCCUAGAGGCGUCCUACUUUGCAACAGUCUUCCGGCUCCAGACAUUCUUGGCGUUAGGGAUGGAUGCUCGAGUUAACCCAUUCUCCACCGAGGCAUUGACCAAAAUCAUCGGGAUGAAGGAACAGCCGUGUUUCAGAGAUGCGAAACGGUUCUUGAGUCUGCUUUCGGUGGCUCCUCAGGGAGACAUCGGGCUUGGGUGGACCACGAAACCCCAAAUAAUCGCAGCCCUGUGUACCGUUUUGGCCCAUGCGCUUGAGAGCCCUUCAGAGUACACUCCAUCUUUAGCAGAGAUGCAAAACAUUAGUGGCCUGAUUAAGAUGUUGGAAUCGAUGGCUCAGAAAAGCCAAGAUGGUGAGCUGAAGACGGCUCAAGGCUUGUGCGCCUUGCUGUUCUCCAAACUCAAGGCCGGGCAAAGGGCAAGAGGUAUAGGGAUCGCGGGUGGUGCGGAGAUUAUACCGUUUCCUGUUACUGAGGCUGCUUAUUGA